CGCUUGUCUUUUCUGAGCGCAGAGAAAGCCAGAGCGAACGACACAUUGCGGUACUCGUGUGAGAGAGGGAUUAACUCAUACAUGAAAAGCAAUACUGAGCAUGGCGCUCUUCCGACAGCGAUAAUAUGUACAUACAUAUGUAUAUUACAUAUGUGCAGAUUUGCAGUUUUCAAAUACAUAUGUAUAAUAAUUGUAUUCAAAGCCGAAACUACAGUCGCGAUCGCGGACAAAUCCAAUUCGCUUUUCUGCUGAACGAAAGAUUUCUUUUUUCUUGACUGCAUAAACAUUUUCGACGGCUGACGAAUAUACGAUGCGACUCAAGAUAUUUUUGGUGUUUGCCAUCCUAUUGAUGGCUGUGAUGUGGUAGAGUCUCUAGAAGAUAAGGUCACCGGCACCCAUGGCAAGCAGCGCCAACUGAUGAACCGCAUCGAGGCGGUGGAUGACCACAUCCGUAAUUUGGAGCAAAUGGAAUCUCUUCGCACUGCCCUGACCAUCGAAACCUUGAUCCAGGAGCUCCACCAGCAAUCCCAGCUACAGCACAAGCUGAAUCUGGUCAAAGACUCUCACCGUCGACAGCCGCGCCAUGGACCUGGACGAGAUAACUUCCGGCUCGAACCGCUCCCUUGUGGUGACUGGGGCCCGCUUUCGCGUCUGGCACAAGCAUCUCAACCUGGAGGUGCGGUUCAGCUAUUUCCACUUCCCCACUGGACGGCUGGUGGAACCGAAGCGCAACAGCGUCUGGUUGAACAACAGCAACUCGGAGAAAACCAUCGAAAAGCCACGUCAAGUGCUGAUCGUCAAAGAGGCUGAUGUGCCCACUGCCGCAGAUCUGCCCUCGUUGCCGCUGUCCACAUCGAAUCAGUAUAUGAACUUUUUCAGCUCCAGCAAGGUGAAAGACGCGUCCCAGAACACUUUGCCCUUCAUUGAUGUGCAGGAGGUUGUGCCCCAUCCGGCUGUUCCUCUGGCCGGCCUAGGAAUCUUUUACAAGAGUCGUCCUGGUUCCGGAGGCUUCUUUGCCCCCAAGGUUGUUACCUAUGAUUACUCGCAGUAUCUCAGGGAAGUAUCUCUCUCAACAAUCCAAGAUGAUAGUUAUUAACUUGAAAAUUAAUAUAUGACAAUAAAAAUCGCGCCUAAUUUCAAAAA